CAACGGCAGUCUUGUUUUGAAGUCCCCUUCCUGCUUUGAGGUGAAGAACAAUAAAUACAUUGAGGCUGUCCACAAAGUCUCACAAGAGACUGAAGGAAAUAGGAGGAGUACAUAAUGACUUAGCUUCGGUAUAUCUUAGUGCGCUUACAACUGAAAAGGCCAUGAAGACGAGCUUGGCAUGCCUUCUUAUUUUCAUUCAGCUCUUUGAAGCCUAUGCAGAGUUGAUCUUUCGGCAGCUGACAGAGAGCCAGUCACUGGAGCUCUCCUGCUGCCCUCAGCAGGACCACGGCAGCCUGACGGGCCUCCACCUGUACCACCGCAGCGGCCAGAGCCAGACGACCCUGCUGUCCAUGGCCGUGGGCGGUGAGACGAGGGUCGACCCGGAGCACAUAGGGCGUCUGCAGCUCGGAGGAGGUCUGGACUCCCUGCAGGUCAAUGUGACCAUGUCCCAUUUACAGCGCAGUGACACGGGACUGUACAUGUGGGAGAUGAGCUACAGAGAGGAGAACAGCGCUGAUCAGGUCAUCCUCAGUGAUCAAAAGGUUUUCUUGUUGGUUGAAGGUACAGGAAGGUCAUGCCAGUGCUCUGCCAGUUACCCUCCUCUGCUCUUGACCAUCUUUACAAUAGCGGGACUUCUUCUGCUCACACUCAGCUGGCUGGCCAUAGAGAAAUGUGUGAAGGCAAGGCAACAUCACAGACCACAACCUCCAGUUCCUAUCUAUGAGGAAAUGACCAGGAAGCAGCAGAGUGUCGGAAUACCCCAAAAUAACCUGGAGGCGACCCCACACCUGGAGGAAGUCAACUUCCCCGUCUACGCUAACCCCAACAUCAGACAACCACAGGACAACUACUACGCCUGUCCCAGACAGCUCGCUCUUAGAGUCUGACGUGACUUCUGGCCUCACACUAAUGGUGCAGCAAACAUUUACAGGAAAUGACACCAGCGCUAUACUGCAAGCAAUAUGAUAUGAGAGCGAGAGGUGACUUCUCAUCCAGGACAUAAGAAAAAUCUCGGUUUGGUGGAACGAAGGCCCAGACACAAACAACAAAUAGGACAUUUUUAACAGCCAAGAAAAAAAAUGCUAUUUUAUUAAUAUUUGAAAGAAGCUCCAUAGUUCAUGAAAACAUUUGUUUCGGUGCAUGUCAUUUAACAAUCACAUUCUAUGAGGAGAAAGAGAUAUACAGAGAAAAAAAAUAAAACAUUACAAGCCACUGACUUUUCAUUAAAUCUCAGUACAGACAUUUUUACCUAAUAUUAAAAGAAAAAGAAAAAAAAAGGCAAAAAAAAGAAGAAAAUAAAGCAGCCCUAAUCCCAUUUCCCCAUCCCACCCUCAAAAAAACCUUAACUGAGAAAAAAAACCCUUGAGGGUGACAGGCUAGAAUCCCACAGUGCUAAAGAGUGAGACGCUCAUUGGUUUUAGGAAUACACAGCAUGGCGAUGUAGCGCUAGGUCAAUCUGAAUCAGGGGAAGGAAGCUGGAGGCGGAGGGCUAUACAUGAAUUACCUCUCCACCCCCCCUCCACCCCCUUAACAAAUUAAAAUAAAAACACAUUGGAUCCCAAAAACCCCUGCAAUAGAUCAGCCACUUAAAAGUAGGCCAUAAAAUCCCCAUCUUCCACCCCCCCAAACACUUGUGCAUAGUUUCAUGAUCCUUUACAACCAGCUCAUGUUUUACAAACAUCCUCCAAAAUGUGAAAAAUGCUCCACAAAAGUCUGAUUUAUCUAUUAAUAAUACCCGCUGUGAGUGAGAGAGAGCGAGAGAGAGGAAAAGAUUAAUGCACAAUGUUCCUGAUUCAGUCAGGACGGGACCUCAUUAAGAAAACACAAUAAAGA